AUGGAAAACCUAUCCAUUGCCGAUGCCCCCCCGCCUGCCGGGCCGGGUCAGCCAUUCUCCCAGCUGCCGCCACAGAUGUUCACGACGGCCGCGCAGCUUUUAGAUCUCACAGACAAAAAACUAAUGGUGGUUUUACGCGACGGAAGGAAACUGAUUGGCGUAUUAAGAAGCUGGGACCAGUUCGCCAACAUUGUGCUCCAGUCAACCACAGAGAGGAUAUUCGCCCCCAGAGCCGACAACCACGACGCCCAGCAACCCUACGGCUACUACGCGGACAUUCCGCACGGCAUCUUUCUGGUGAGAGGCGAGAACGUGCUUCUGCUGGGCGAAAUCGACCUCGACAAGGACGACGAUGCGCCUCCGGGCUAUGAACUGGCCGAGGUGGACGCUGUGAAGAAGCUCGCCGAGGCGAAGAAGGCGGCGGAUAAGGCCAAGGAGAAGGCUCGACUGAAGAAGCUUGUUAAGAUUGGCUUUGAGGGCGAGAACCUGGGUGACAUUUUCUUUUAA